AUAUUCUUAUCUACCUCCAUCACUCCCCUUUAACAACAUUACCACUGUGCGGACUCUCUGUAAAGUGUAAACCCACUCACUCUGUCUCUCGCGUCCAUAACAAUCACUUCUCGACAAGCCCUGCUUUGCUUAGCUCCAGGUAGCUCCUUCGGUUUUCCAAGCUGUUCUAUAAAUUAUAAACACUCACAAAUUGAGAGAUUAACCACCAUUGACGACCUAUUUGGAGCUUUCUUCUUGGCUAGAUCUAUGUAAUAGCAGUUUAUCUUCAACUUUUAAUACGUUUUUUUUGAAGCAAUUAAUAAGUAGGCUUUCUUGUACCUACCUCCUUGGACCUAAUUGCAAAUCACCGACAAAACCUCAACCUAAUCACGUCAAGAUCUUUCUUCGAAUUAAUUCUUUCCUUCUCACCAAAAUCAUCCUCCUCCUUUCCUAAAGUAUUUUUUGUAGCUUUCCCUUUGUCACUCUGAUAAAAUUUUCUCGGAUAAUUAUAUAAAUUUUUAUCCAAAAGACCUUGAAAUUCAGAAGAAGUUCAAAAUGCAUCGAUUUGUUUUUUCAAUUUUCCUGUGCUUCGCGGCUAUUGCGCCGUUCCUGAAUUGCGGGGUUCUUGCUGAUGUGGUGACUUGCUCUGGGAUCGUGCCGAUGAGGUAUCGGAACGAUAUGAUAUCGAUUAUGGACUUUGGAGGUGUGGGAGAUGGAGUGACAAUGAACACGAAGGCGUUUAGGGCGGCGAUUUAUCGGAUAGAGCAUCUGAGGCGGAGAGGUGGUACACUUCUAUAUAUACCUCCUGGGGAGUAUUUAACAGAGAGUUUCAAUCUUACCAGCCACAUGACCCUCUACUUGGCCAGAGGUGCUGUGAUCAAGGCUACUCAGGACUCGUGCGUCGAUUUUUGCGGGUCAAAGUGGUAACGCGUUCUAUGCCGUGUUGUGAUUCGCGUGAUAUAUUUGGUUGCUCAAAACCAUUACCGGGUGAAUGAGAAAUUGAAACCAAAUUAUGCUCCAUAGAAAUGGAGUUUU